AUGUUGCUGGGCAGCUGGAUGGAGAGACACCUGCGGUCAAUCUGGGCGGAGCACAUCACGGGGAUCGACAACCAUCAGGCUGCCUGGCUGAGUCGAAAGACGGUGGACAAUGGAGAGUGGAGCCUCUCCCUGGAGCUGUUUCAGAGCAUCUGCCAGAGAUUUGGACGACUGUGUUUCUCUCUUCAUUUGCUAUGCUUGCAAAACAGUGUGACACCAUCACCUCAACAGGUUCGUGUCUGCUCUCCCCAAAAGUUUUCUGAAGAUGGACCUAGUCUUUACUCUACUCGGGGCAUUUUGUCGCUUAUCCAGUCUUCUACUCGUAGGGCUUACCAGCAAGUCUUGGAUGUGCUGGAUGAAAACCGCAGGCCAGUCUUACGUGGUGGGUCAGCAGCUGUCAGUUCCUCUAGCCGCCAUCACGAUGAAGCCAGAUAUACUCUUUCAAAUAUAGACACAUCAUUAGAAGGAGCAUCAGAAGAUAUGACAGUUGUGGAUGCUGCUUCUUUAAGACGACAGAUAAUAAAACUUAAUCGCCGCCUACAACUUCUGGAAGAAGAAAAUAAAGAGCGAGCUAAAAGGGAGAUGAUCAUGUAUUCAAUCACUGUAGCUUUUUGGCUACUAAAUAGUUGGCUUUGGUUUCGGCGCUAAAAAUUACUUCUACAUUUAAAAAGAUCUGACAGUGGGGAAAUUUAAAAAAAUUACAAAGCCCUUUGUUCCUGUCUCUGAAUUGUAUGGUGACUUAUGACCCAUGCACUGGAAAUGUUUGCCACUGAAAAAAAAAGUGUAACAUAUUACAGUGUUAAAAGGAUGCUUGGACAUUUUUUUUCAAAUUGCUGUAACAUUCUGUUAACAUUUUUUUUUGCAUGAUAAUGUACAUUUGAACUGUAUUAUUUUGCAAAUGGAAAUGUCUUUAUCCUGUAAAGGUAUCUACAGACACUUCUCUUUGCAUAGAAAGAUAAACGUGGAUUUUUCAAAUAAUCUACAAAAUGGUGUAAUUUACAGUAGGUUUUUCAUUGUUUUUGUAUUAUUAAAUACAGCACAUUUAUUGUUAACUAAUUGCACUUGUUUUGUUUACCAAAAUUUUUUUUGCGGUGGUUUGCCAGAUUAAGUGGCAUCCUAAUUUAUCUGUAUCUCUCAUUCUGGCAUGUGUACAUAUUGUCUAAAACCAUUAUUUGCUAGAAUGUCAACAGAUUAUCCAGAGGUAUGUGUAAAAUGUUGUUUAGCUUUAAUUUUGCUUUUUUUCCCUUGAAAAAUAAAAUUUUAAGCAAGUCUGUUUGAGUGAUUCAAAGAUUAUGGAACAAUGUACCAACAGUAGUGUAAUUCAUAAAAGUAAAGAGAUUGUAAUUUCUUAUCAGUGCACUGAAUUGUAUUCUUUGUUCUUUGGGUAUGUGGAAACUUGCAAUUGGAACUACUUAACU